GAGGCCUUCAGUACUCCCCAGUUGGCUUGCUCUUCUUGACGGCUGGCGCUGCAUCUUGUGUCCAUGUGCUGAAUGCCUGGAAGUGGGGCCUUUGUUCCAGAGGAUGUGACUGUGACAGCUUCAGGGCUCAUGGUGGUCAGUGAUCUCAUCCAUCGGGCUGUCCAUGCUCUCUAGUACACUUCCUGGGAGCCCCAGGGUUGCUGGGUGACCAUGGGCACAUUCCUGUCCCCCUGAGGGCUGGCUGUGGAUGGACUUGGCCGAAUCCUGGUGACAGACUAUGUGCCUGGAACUGUGCAUAGCUUCAUGUUGGGCCCAACCUUAGUGCCCCUGGCUCCAGCCUCCAUAUUAGGUCUGGAGGGGCCCUGCUGGGUAGGCCCAGGACCUGAUGGGGGCCUCGCUGUGAGUGAAGAAUUUGGGGAUGUGCAGCUAUUUGGCAGUGCCCACCAGCCUCUAGACUCCCUGGGGACCCUGACAGGUCACACAUUUGGCCAUCCAACAGGAGUGCGCUCUGACACAGAGGGUAGGGUUAUUGUGGCAGAUGAGCUGAGGCACCAGGUGACCUUGUUUCCUUGGGCUCGGCCACCCAUCUGCCUGCUGUUGAAGGGACUGGAAAAGCCCUUGGGUAUAGCCUGUGCACCCCAAGGCCAACUGGUGGUGGCAGAUGCUGGAGACAACUGCAUCAAAGUGUACCAGUGUCUUGGGGAGAUGGCCUGA